AUGGGCCACGAAAUCAGCGGCCGAAUCAUUCAAGCGCCACCAAGCACCCCUCUCACUGCGGGACAGAAAGUAGUCCUCGACCCACGCCUCUACUGCUCUAGCUGCACGCCAUGCAGCAAAUCAGCAACCAACUGCUGCCGAUCCGUCGGCUUCAUGGGCCUCUCGGGUGGCGGCGGCGGCCUGGCCAGCACGGUCGCCGUGUCGCCGUCCAGCGUGCAUGUCUUGCCCGACGACGUCGAUCUCGCAACCGCGGCCCUGAUCGAGCCGUUAGCGGUGGCGUGGCAUGCCGUGCGACUGUCCGGGCUUCAUAACAACGGCCAGGAGCCCGAUUCGCAUGUCAAGUCAACGCCCGUUUUGAUUGUGGGCGGAGGCCCCGUCGGCGUGGCUGUUGCGUUUGUGCUGCGGGCGAGGGGAGCGGAGAGGGUGGUCGUGUCGGAGCCGGCGGCGAAAAGACGGGAAGCGUUUAAUGGCCUCGUGCAGACGGUUUUGGAUCCGACGAGCGAGGACGUGGUGAGUCGGUGUCGGGAGGCGAGUUCGGACGGCGAAGGCGUCGGCAUCGUGUUUGAUUGCGCGGGCGCCCAGUCUGGGAUGGACGCCGCGUGCCAGGCGCUUAGGUUCGCAGGGAAGUAUGUGAAUCUGGCGAUUGCGAAGGUGCCGGUGAGUACAUAUGCGGUUACACUGUGGCCACUUGUUCGCAUCACAUCAUAUCAUUCCAUAUCAUAUUCUCCGUCCGGGGGAGAGCGGAUUCCGACUGGCCUCGGACCGGGGAAAAGGAACGGGAAACGGGAUAGACAAGAAAGAAAGAAAAAGUGGCUGACUGGCUGA